CACGAACUACAAGCUGCUCAGACAUUCGCAACAUCGGAAAUGUCAAAGCCUAAAAAUUGGCCAGACACACUACCGUACUUACGGGCACCACUGCAUGCGAAAGAAAUCACCAGUGCGCAAAAACAGGCGUUGCGAGCCCGUCCUGAUGCCGGCUCAACGAUACCCAUCAUUGACGCAGCGUCAACGUCUACACCGUGUGAUAAAGUCAAGAUACAGCCUAUAAAAGACGCUUCACAUCCAGCAAACGGUCAAUAUGGGCUGUUUGCGUCGCAGAAUAUCAAGCCUGGAAGCUUUAUCAUGGCGUAUCUAGGCAAGGUGCACUCUGGAAGCCUGGCAGCAUCGGAUCCUACGAGUGCAUCGGCGAAAAGCGACUAUGAUCUAUGGUUGGACCGCGACGCCGACGUUGCAGUGGAUGCGGCGAGAGAAGGAAACGAAGCCCGAUUUGUCAAUGAUUACAGAGGUAUCGGUACCAAGGCCAACGCUGAGUUCCGGCCUGUGUGGUGUCAGCGCUGGGGAGAACUGUGCGUUGGGGUGUGGGCGAUAAGCGGGCGACAGCAGAAAGGGAAAGGAGCUGCAGAGAAGAAUUCGGGAAUAAGAAAAGGAGAAGAGAUUCUGAUUAGCUAUGGAAAGGGAUUCUGGGAAGAGAGACGGCGAGAGCAGGCGGGAGAAGAAGAGGCAGAUGAGACUGUUGAUGGAACGACGGUGUGAGGGUUGAUUUUACGACUUACGAAUCGACGAUACUGCAAUGCAUGCAAAUGAAAGAUAUAAUUUGUAGUUUAAUUUUCAUUUAUUUAUAUAAUAAUCCUUUUC